AUGGCUGGAUCAAAGCUUCGUGUCGGAAUUGCGGGCCUGGGCCGUAUGGGCAAACGCCACGCCGUCAACUUUCACGAACUGACAGCUCGUGCGCACGUAGUUGCUGUGUGCACACCUGACGAGGAGGAACGUAAAUGGGGAGCUGAAAAUCUCCAGGGCGUGAAAGUCUAUAAGGACUAUGACGAGAUGCUCAACGAAGAAUUGGAUGCCGUUGUAGUAGCUAGUGUUACCGCGGUGCAUGCUGAGCAAUCAAUCAAGGCCAUCAAUAAAGGCUAUCACGUUCUGUGCGAAAAGCCUCUCAGUAUCGACAUUGAAGUUGCCCAGUCCGUUGUUGAUGCAUAUGAAAAGUCGCUACAGACUCACCCGAAUCAAAAAGUCAUGUGUGGUUUCUCCCGCCGUUUCGAUGCCUCAUACCGUGAAGCCCAUGCCAGGAUAGCCAACAACGAAUUUGGUCUGCCAAUUGUUUUCCGCUCCCAAACUGCAGAUUUAUAUGACUCAUCUGGCUUUUUUGUUGAAUAUGCGAAGACCAGUGGUGGAAUUUUCGUCGAUUGUUCUAUCCACGACAUUGACCUCAUGUUAUGGUUCUUCGGAGAUGAUGCGAAGAUCAAAAGCCUCCAGUCUGUAGGUGUUACUGCUGUUCAUCCUGAUCUGCAGGCGAGUAGUGAUCGAGAUAACGCACUCGCGACCGUUGAAUUUGAGGGUGGGAAGAUUGCUGCCCUUUACUGCUCUCGCAUGAUUGCGGCGGGUCAGGAAGAUAUUACUGAAUUGAUUUGUGAACGAGGCACAGUAAAGGUCAACUCACAGCCAAGGAAGGAUCAUGUUGAAGUUCAUGACUCUUUUGGUGCUAGGCGCCAAAUACCACAGCAUUAUUAUGAGCGAUUUAGGGAAGCUUUUGUCACUGAGGCCCGUGAAUUCACUGAGUGUUGCUUGCAGAACACAAAGACGCCCAUUAGCCUUCAAAGUUCAGUCAAGGCAGUCGCAAUUGGACAGGCAUUGCAAAGAAGCAUGAUUUCUGGCGAAAAAAUAUUUUUCGAUGAAAGAGCUAUCAAGAACUAG